CAGGCUUCCCUGUACCGGCUGCGCCCUGCACAAUUGGCCGUGCCGCAUCACGUGACGCCGAAUGGCGGCGGCGGUUGCCGGGGCGACGACGUGGCUGUGGCGGCCCGGGUAGCGGCGUCCGCGACCCCGCAGCAAGCUAGUCAAAGAAGACUUCUCAAAGGAAGUGAUGUUGAGCCAAGUGCUAGAAGUUAGCCAGCAUCCAUCUCCAGACUCAAAUGACCACUGACCUUUCCAGAACCUGGCUGUCUAAUAGGCAUCUCAGGUGUGGAGCCACAUACAAUCCUUGUCUUGACUUGCACUGAGGGAAUUCUUGUGCAGGUGCAUCAUUGACAGGGUGUUGAAGUCAGCCAGUGGCGAAUACUGCUGAAAGACAGACAGCAGCCCAGAAACCUGAACUUUCUGCUGUGAGACUUACUAGUGACACUAUGGGGGAUAUUCUGGCCCAUGAAUCUGAAUUACUUGGACUAGUGAAAGAGUAUUUAGAUUUUGCUGAAUUUGAGGACACAUUGAAGACAUUUUCAAAAGAAUGUAAAGUAAAAGGAAAACCAUUAUGUAAAACAGCAGGUGGAUCACUGAAGAAGGACUCCAAAUCAUUGAUAAUCCAGAAGGAUCUCGUGGCUGCAUUUGACAGUGGAGACCAGAAGGUGUUCUUUGAUUUAUGGGAGGAGCACAUUCCCAGCUCCAUUCGAGAUGGUGACUCCCUGGCCCAGAAGCUGGAAUUCUACCUUCACAUCCACUUCGCCAUCUAUCUGCUGAAGUAUUCUGUAGGGAAGCCGGACAAACAGGAGCUAGAUGAAAGAAUUUCUUAUUUCAAAACCUACCUGGAGACAAAAGGGGCAGCACUGAGCCAGACAACAGAGUUUCUUCCUUUCUACGCCCUUCCUUUUGUGCCCAACCCUAUGGUACACCCCUCAUUUAAAGAACUCUUUCAGGGUUCCUGGACUCCAGAGUUAAAGUUGAAGCUAGAAAAGUUUUUAGCUUUACUUUUUAAAGCCAGUAACACACCAAGGCUUUUAACCAUCUAUAAGGAGAAUGGACAAAAUAACAAAGAAAUGUUGCAGCAGCUCCACCAGCAGCUCAUGGAGGCUGAACGCCGCUCCAUGACAUACCUGAAGCGGUACAAUAAGAUCCAGGCAGACUACCACAACCUCAUUGGAGUCACAGCAGAGCUGGUGGAUUCCCUAGAGGCCACGGUCAGUGGCAAGAUGAUCACCCCUGAGUACCUGCAGAGCGUGUGUGUCCGCCUCUUCAGCAACCAGAUGAGGCAGAGCCUGGCGCACAGCAUGGACUUCACAAGACCUGGGACGGCCUCAACCAUGUUACGAGCCUCCUUGGUACCCGAGAAAUUGAAGGAUGUCCCAUUACUGCCCUCCCUGGAUUAUGAGAAACUGAAGAAGGAUUUGAUUUGGGGGAGUGACCGCUUAAAAGCCUUCUUGUUGCAGGCUCUGCGCUGGCGAUUGACCACAUCCCAUCCUGGAGAGCAGAGGGAGACUGUACUGCAAGCCUAUAUCAGCAAUGACCUCUUGGAUUGUCACAACCACAACCAGAGGAGCGUGCUGCAGCUGCUGCACUCCAAGAGUGAGGCCGUGCGGCAGUACAUGGCCAGGCUCCUCAAUGCCCUGGCGUCCCUGUCUGAAGGUCGCCUCUAUCUUGCCCAAAACACAAACGUGCUACGGAUGCUGGAGGGAAGGCUGAAGGAGGAAGACAAGGAUGUCAUCACUCGGGAGAAUGUCCUCGGGGCCUUGCAGAAGUUCAGCCUCAGGCGCCCACUGCAGACAGCCAUGAUUCGAGAUGGCCUCAUCUUCUGGCUGAUUGACCUUCUGAAGGACCCCGACUGCCUGUCUGACUACACAUUGGAGUACUCCGUGGCUUUGCUCAUGAACCUCUGCCUCCGCAGUGCAGGAAAGAACAUGUGUGCUAAGGUGUCAGGCCUUGUGCUGAAAGUUCUUUCGGAUCUCCUUGGCCAUGAAAACCAUGAGAUACAGCCAUAUGUGAAUGGAGCCCUGUACAGCAUCCUUUCCAUCCCAUCCAUUCGUGAGGAGGCCAGAGCAAUGGGAAUGGAAGACAUCCUGCGCUGCUUCAUCAAAGAAGGCAAUGCCGAAAUGAUCCGCCAGAUAGAAUUUAUCAUCAAGCAGCUAAAUUCUGAAGAUUUAUUGGAUGGUAUUCUUGAAUCUGAUGAUGAAGAUGAAGAUGAAGAUGAUGAAGAGGACCAUGACAUCAUGGAAGCUGACCUGGACAAAGAUGAACUGAUCCAGCCCCAGCUCGGAGAACUCUCAGGCGAGAAGCUUCUGACCACAGAAUACUUGGGAAUCAUGACCAACACUGGGAAGGCACGGCAGAAGGGGCUGACCAGUGUGCAGUGGAGUGGGAAUGAGCCCCUGCGUCGGCCUGUCACCCCUGGUGGCCACAGGACUGGGUGCCCAGUGCAGGGAGACCAUCUCAUUUCUGCUCACAAUGCCCAACAAGUCAGAAAUAGCUGCUUGCAGGCCCAACCAGUCACUCAGCUGACCACCUAUAAAGAGGGCAAGCCUGGUAUUGCCGAGCGUGGAGCAUCCUCUUCACUCAUGGAUGCCAAGCCAGUAGAGUGGUUGUCAGCUGCACGUCAGGAAGAGCCUCACCUGCCUCCCAUGGCAUCCCCCAGCCGGUCAAAGGAUGUGCUCCAAGACGCGGGCAGUGGAGACACCACCAGGGAAUUUACAUCGGCCUUCACCUAUAAGCCCUGGGCUCCGCGUACUACAGAGACCCUGGAGCUGAACCCACCCAUGGUAAAAGCAUCAGCUCUGGCCCCUCAGUUCUCCUCAGGUUGCCCCCAGCAGACCAGCCACCCGGGCUCUACAACAUCCUCCAGGAGGGGCCUGCAUAGUAAGUCAGCCUUGGUCGGUGACUCAGAAGAACAGUGAACUGCUCCACACUCGGACCCAUGAACUCCUGUGCAUGCCCAGGCAGAUGGGAGAGCACAUUUCCCUUCUCCACAGGACCAGGGUCCUCACCAGUGGCUUCCCUGGCUCCUACCCUUCACUAAUCUUUUCUGUUUAUUCAUUGCUCUUAGCUUGGCAGCUCAUAUAUAAGCUGGCUAAGUGAUGCCCUGCAAGCCAUAUCCUUUAGAAAUAAGAUUCCCACAUCUAGAGGCCUUGCAAAGUCUAACCUGACCUGUCCCGACUGUAUGAAGUUGGUCCUGAAAUUCAGACCUACCUUCCAAUGGGAAGUACUCACCCAGACCCAGCCUCUACAGCUGUGCUCCAGAAACUGGCCUGUAAGUCAAACAGAAGCAGGUGGCUCCUUGCAGGCAAGUUGGCAGAACCACCAUGAUGUCCCAGAGCAGGCUGGAUCAAAGGUCACCACUCUAUCUCAGGCCAUCCUCCUGCCCUUUUGCUCAGUAGCAGGACUACCUCUCCCAGCCUCAGCCAUACGACUGCCCUCCCUGCACACAUACCGCCCCAUCCCAGCUUGAGGACCUUUCCAAAAGGCUUCUUUAACAAUAAGGGAAACAAAAGGACAGAGGAAAGAAUGUCAAGCAGCGCAAAGUCAGCCAUAUGGGAUACACACGCGUUUGUCACUGUCACUCCCUGGCCAGGCCCUGGGCAUCCUAGUUGGUAAUGGGCCAUGUCUAAACCACCAUCGACUUCCUAUUCCCACUGAAAAGAGUGAAAUAGAGGCUCAGGUCAGGCUGCUUCCUGCCAGGCCAAGAGGCAGUGCCAAGGGCCACAGGAAAGCUCAGCCAGGAAGAAGGCAGUUCAGCUAUCUGACCCUGCCCUAUUUCCAGGCUGCACAGGGUCGGACAGCCUCAGUUGAUAAUAAUUGCAAUAAUAACACCCCCAUAGCUAAUGGCCGGCCCUGCCACACAUCUAGUAGCAAACAUCACAUGGCCCAAGCCUGCAUACACAGCCCCUAAGUAGUGAAGUCAAUAUGUCUUGUGGACUCCGCAAACAAUGAGCUGUACCAAGAAGCUCAGUGAGCAACUCGACCGUGCAGCCUGCUUCCUGUGAGGAAAGACCAGGUCUGGCCACGGAACCAGGACCAGGAAGGGAACGUUCUCUUUAUUCUGUUUGCAUAAGGGCAGAUUGAAAGAAGGGAUUGUAUGGGGCAGAGGGAGUCUGUGCAGAUCACUUGGCACUGGCAUCUUGCUCUUCUUCAGGCAACCAGCCUUACAGGAAGUGAAGAUGGCUUCUUUCCCAAGUUGUCACCAUCACAUUGCCCAGGGACCAGCCAGCUUCCCAUUCUCCACCAUCCAGCAGCUGCAGGUGACGGAUAUGAAGAGACAGUUGUCUAUGAGACUCGGUGACCCAGGAGCUUGGGAAGACCAGAAGUGAGAGUGUGGAAGCCCCAGUAUCCAGAAGCCAUCUCCUCAGACAGAACCAGGGGAAUGGGGCUGGGAGAAGUGGUGACUGCCUUCCUGGUGAAGGGAAGUUUCCUGAUCAUUCUUCUCACUCAGAGGAGUAAAAUGGUGGCCUUUGACCUCAAGACACUUUGUGGCUUCAGGGGAUGACAGAUUCUGGAUUCAGCUUCCCUGCCUUUUACAGGCACCAGGCUGGACACAGUGCACAACCAGACCAGUGAGCGGUGCCAUCUGGACUGAGCAGUAUAAGCCAGUGCAGCCUUUUCCUAGAUUACUGGCCAGGUGCAGGGCCCUUUCCCCCCCGCAAGCAACACGAUGGGGGCCGAGGAGGGGCAAGUGUGCUGCCGUCCUAACCCUCCGUUCCCCGGGCACCACCAAGGAGGCAGAGAGUCUGUCCAGCAGGAUCUCAUUUAUUAAGCAGCUGGCCGGUGUUUAUAUACAUUUGUGAGUACUGGGUGGUCGUCCCCCCCCCCAGACGUGAUUGGUCAUAGUUACAAGUCACAAUUAGCAUUUUAGGUUUUUGUUUCCCCCAUCAGUUAAGUUUUCAAUUCCUAUCUCCCUCUGCCCGUGUGGCCAGGGGCGGGAAUCUCCUCCCCCCAGCGGGGUGCGGUUUCUCUUCUUUGUAGCAGGUCCAGGUGUUGAAAUGAGAUACAGGAGUUGGUGGGGGCCCACCAACGGUCUUCUGAAGCUGGUCCAGCUGCUUCUUUUGACCUUUUUGCCCUCUGCCUCUGCCUCAGGCCCCUACAGCCAGGGAGGCUCAUGGAAGGCCAGUCUUCACUUCUCACCUGGACCAAUUCUGAGCAAAUAGAAAGGACAAGAAAACCUUAUCCUCAAGCAAUAUCCUCAACCUCACACAGAGCACUUGCUUCUCCUUUAAACUCUGUUGAAGAAUAUAAUGGUAUACCUCAGUGGGUAGAUGCUUGCCUAGCAUACACAAAGCCCUAGCUACGUUCAGUCCUCGGCACUGUACAAAUUGUGUGUGGUGACACUCACUGUAAUUCUAGCACUCAGGAGGUAGAGGCAGUACAACCAGAAGUUCAAGAUCAUCUUCUGCUACAUAGUCAGUUUGAGGCCAGCCUAGGAUAUGUGAAAUCCAUUUUUAAAAAAGAAGACUAUGGUGUGUUCCAGUGUCCACAGUAGUCUUGGGCUUCAUACAGCUUUAAAGGCCUUAGAGCGCCUGGAGACAUGGCUUAGCGGUUAAGAACGCAGACUGUUCUUACAGAG